UUAAGUGCUUUGAGGCCUGAAUGUCGCAGCCGGGCGCCAGAGCGCCACAGUACGCAGCUUACUUUACGCCCACCGCAGUGGCUCCCGUUCCUGGCAAGAACCUGUUUGCCGGCACGCAGCAGCCCUCUGCGCACCUGAAAGAGCUUGUGGCCGAGAACGUUAAGAAGCUCGCGGAGCUGCGGGCGGAGAUUAAGAAGGACGACUGGCUGUUUGAGGCGCCGCGCCACACACUGCGAUAGGGGCAGGCCCUCACCUUCAACGCAGCCGCCGCUCACGCAGCGCCGCACCUAGCAGCAGCGGGUCAGCACACGCGGACGGCAAGCACGCCUUAGCCGCACAGCCAGCCAAACAGCUUGACAGCACUUGCUCGCAUGUCGGGGGGAGGCGCAGCCGCCGCCGCCGCCGGCCCGCUGCCGUACUCCCGGCGGCCGGAGUGGGCGGACGUGACGCCGGUGUCGCUGCCGGCUGCGGAGAAGGUGGUGGCCAUCCAGUACACGGCCGAGCACGCCGAGGCGCUGGGGUACUGGCGCGCGGUGCUGCAGUCCGGCGAGCUGAGCGGCCGCGUGCUGGCGCUGACCGCCGACAUGAUCCGACUCAACCAGGCCGACUACACCGCGUGGCGCGUCAGGUGGCUGUGUGUGCAGCAGCUGGGUGCUGAUGCGUUAGGCCCGGAGCUGGACUUCACGCACGGGGUGAUGCUGGAGAACGCCAAGAACUACCAGCUGUGGAACCACAGGAGGCUGGUGGCGGGCGCGAUCGGCCCCAGCUGCGCCGCGCGUGAGGACGCCUUCACGCGUGAGGCCAUCAUCUUUGACGAGAAGAACUACCACGCCUGGGCGCACAGGCAGGCCGUCGUCAAGAUCACGGGGCUGUGGGAGGCGGAGCUGGCCUUUGCGGACGAGUUCAUCGGGCGGGACGUGCGCAACAACACCGCCUGGAACCAGCGCAUGUUCGUGUGGAAGGCCAUGGGCCAGGAGGCGCGGCUGAGGCUCCAGGGUGGAGGCGACGACGCAGGCUGGCUGCGCAGCGAGCUGGAGUACAUUGCGGCGGCCGUACAGAAGGCGCCGCGCAACGAGUCGCCCUGGCGCUACCUCACCGGCCUCUUCGCCUCGCUGGAGCCCUGGGCCAGCAGCCCCCGCUCGCUGUCGCGCUGCGCCGAGGUCCACACGCUGUGCUGCGAGGCGCUGAACGACUGCCCCUCCUGCGGCCCCGCCUACGACGUGUUGGCGCUGUUCUAUGAGGGGCAGGCGGCGCUGUCGGCGGCGCAGGCGGACACGGCGGCGGCGGCGGCGACGGUGGCGCCGGGGCCGGCGCAGGCGGGCGUGCAGGUGGUGCUGGCGGGGCGCGUGGCGGCGACGAUCAUGGCAUGCGAGUUGGCGCAGGCGGCGCUGGACGAGGCGAGUGUGGCCGACCCCAUGCGCACACCGUACUGGCUCCACCGCCAGCGCGGAUUUAACGAUGUGGUGGCCUUAGCCACAGGCGUGCUGCGUUCAGCAUGAUGGUGCAAGGGCCAGGGGAGCUUGUGGCAUGGGGCUCUUGGAUGGUAAUUGUUGGAGGCAGGUGGUGGAAGUAGGAUGGAGAGCGAGAGGGGCGGCGCGGCGCGAAGGAGGGGCAAGCGGGCAGCCGCGGAGGACGUGUGGACCUCAUGGGGGAUGG